AUGGCACAUGUGCCCGGGUUCCGCCGCAGCAUCCGACUGUCAGCAUGCUACCGUGUCUUGCAGGAGCGAUACGGAUAUGUGAGACAGGGACUGGUUUGGCUUUGUUCAUUUUCGGAGAUCAUGUCUGUGGCCGCAGUGCCCGCAGUCCAUAUGUCAACCUCCCCAUUUUUUACCAUCGCAGCUCUUUGUCUCAUGUUUCUGCUCGCAUGCUGGCGAGCCGGAAGUGUCUCGGACGUCAUAUGGCAACCCGCUCAUUUGCUGCGGCCGAAGAAUUACUCCAAAUUUGGCUGCGGGGCAAAGCAGCGGUCCAGCCGGGUUUUCUUUGCUCUAUCCAUGGUGAUUCGUUUGUCUUGCUCUGCAAUCCUUGCCAGCCACAUUUUCAACUGGAUUGCCGAUGACACCACCUGGCGAUCAUGCGAAGCCUUUUUCCUGCCAUGGGCGGAAUAUACUCGUUCGGACAUGCAUUCAGAUUCGAGCCUUUGUGUCGCUGACCCCCAGGUCAGCGAGUGGUGUGAAACUAUCCAUUUGUUUGAGAGCCGCUGUAACGAUCCAGUUCGGUUGACAUCCCUUCUCCACUACUACGCUUGGACCGGACUGGGCAUGGAGUGCACCAACAACACAGGCGACAUUAACGUCACAGCAGUCGCUGAGUACUUCCCCUGGUAUCUUCCCUACUGUGAAACUCUCAACGGUACAGAAAUCGGCUGCUACGCGCUGGAGGACGAGAGCCUGGAGGUCGGCGAGAAAUUAAUCAUCUGGACAGAUGACAAGGAAAUCGGCUUGAAUGAGGCGUACGAAGCAUGGCCUCCAGCGCUGCGCGUCGUCUAUAACUGUCAGAUGUUCAUUCAUGACACCAACUACUGCCAACAUACCUCGGACACUACGGCUGGGGCAACCGAAUGGGAUAGGCAUUUGGGGCAGUCUUGUGAGGCCCAUCGCUGUGUGGAUACUCUACCGGAUUGGCUGUACUUCUUGGAUGAUUUUGAGAAAAAGACGUACUGCAAAUGCCGGCAAUGCACACCCUGGUGGAGAUUGAAUGAGUGCACUUUGGAGGCAGUGGAUACGGCCACGCGCCGGAUCAUGGGACAUCAACUGUUAUAUGGACUUGAUUGGGGUGAGGCCUUAUCGGAUCCACGAUUUGGGGUGCUGUUUGAGAAAGAGGAGCUCGCGAUUCAGGAGGAGCUAGCAGCCAACGGAAGUAUCCAAACAUGGUACGGCCCGUUUUUCAGCCGGCUGUCGAUGUUGACAGAAGUGGGAUUUUGCGUGGCUGACUUCGUGAUGGAUAUUCAAAUGGUGCUCGUUUACUGCUACACCUACCACUAUAUUUUCGCAGCCAUCCAAGGCUUCAUGGUGUUGCGGAGCUUUCUGGAACAGGUGUUCUUCCGGGGCCUCCUGUCCUUCAUUCGGGAGACACGCCUGUCAUUGAAAUCCAACUUGCGGACGGACUAUUUUGUGUCUCUGGUGCAGAGUGAGAAAACCGGAGAAGCUACUUUGUCGUUUCUUCUUCAAGUCUACACCUUCUCCUACAUGGGUCAGGAGGUGGUAGCAUAUUGGACAGCAGCGAUCUCCUUGCUGAUCAGCGCGCGAGGUCUCACGCAGGGCUGCUACGUUCACUUCGAUCUGGCUUUCAUGACAUCCGAAGAUCGGCAGCCGAUCCGAGAUCUCCAAAGUGAUCCGGAGGUGGUGCCGAGUUUCUCCUCUGUUCUGCCAGACCCAGGCACGAGCGUAGAUCGCAAGAGAAAUGUGGAUCUGCCGCCAGAGGUUCGGGCAGAAACCUGCUUUAGGAGGUCCCGAAGAACCUUGCUUCGGAUCUGCGAGGAGAGAUACAGGAAGAGGCUGACGAGAAAUUGCCAGAAGGCAAAUGAUUCGUACAUGGAUCAGCUACUGACGAGUGCCAGCACAAAUGUGUCGGAAUUGGCACGACCGGAUCUGUCAGUCGAGAGGUGUGGUGCUGAGAUGGCUGGAGGCAGUGGCAGCACAUUAAGCGCGAAGAAAGAGGGCAAGGGCUUAGACCAGCUUUGCGUACGCUCGCCAAGGACGGCCGACCCGUGGACGGUUCCCUCUCAUGUCCGACCUUCGAAGCCAUUCCUGCGCAUGGGCAACGGUUGCAGACGCCCUGCCACCGUGGCGACUGGCUCUGAUACCCGAGCACCCACGCACCGCUUCGAGUUUGAGAUCAACGGGCAGAAGUAUUCCCUCGAGACUGUGAUAAGCGACGUUGAGAUCGAGACCGAACCGCCCUGCCAACUCUUUGGGGUGAUCCCGCAUCCUGUAGAUGUCCCGCUGAAAGAGGGAGAUGAAGUUCUGAACUUUACAAUCUGCCUGCUGGGUCUUGAAGGCGGUCGGAAAGUCAUUCCACGGCUCUCUGCCAAGGACUUUCUGGGAAAGCUUGAUGCCGCAUCGGCUGAUGGUGAGGACCGUGAGGUGUGGGCGGACUGGGAAAAGAGCGGAAGAAGCAGCAUCCGUAUUGCUGGCUUCGAUAUCAAUGCUCGUGAGGUGCCAGGUAGCGGCUACGAUGGUGAGGCGUUGCAAGCCGUGUCACACCAUCCUCCGAAGCUGCACCUGCACCUUCGAGUAGCAGGGGAAAAGGAGACGGUGAUAAGCGACGCUGAGAUCGAGACCGAACCGCCCUGCCAACUCUUUGGGGUGAUCCCGCAUCCUGUAGAUGUCCCGCUGAAAGAGGGAGAUGAAGUUCUGAACUUUACCAUCUGCCUGCUGGGCUCCUUGGCGCAGAUCAGGACUUUCUGGGAAAGCUUGAUACCCCUUAUGCUGGAAGCACAUCGGCUGAUGGCGAGAUCCGUGAGGUGUGGGCGGACUGGGAAAAGAGCGGAAGAAGCAGCAUCCGUAUUGCUGGCUUCGAUAUCAAUGCUGGUGAG